AUGGCGGUUGUGACGGAAAAGGCCUGCAUGUGCGUGAGGGGAAGGCAAGGCAAGAGGCGGAGAAGGGUUGAGAAGGCUCCGUCUGCUGUAUCAACUUACAGCUAUGCUAUCAUUAUUCGCCUGCUCAUACAGCAGCAGAGCGCCUUGCCGCUGCAUCUCCCACGUCAGACGACAGCCUGGCCAAAAGGGACAGCCUCGGGCCAUGCCACAGCUCUGCAAAGGCGGCAAGCGGCGAACGGUUCGCCCAAGCCAAGUCCACAGGCUAGCUAUCACCGCCUUCUCCCUUUCAAUCAGUCUCAGACACGUAUCCCCAAUGCCAGGUCACAAAUGCCCGGAACACUGGCGGUGAUGCCCUUCCUGGGCCACGAUAGCUCGUUGAUUGGACAUGGUCUUACUAGCGACAAGCUCGCUGCUAGCAUGGAGUCAAGUCUCUCCUCCUACCUUGAAACCUAG